CUCUCACAAAACAUAUAGCAUGACUUACUUUUCAGUGGAGGAUUUUGUUGGGAAUGGAGCUUUGAAGGGAAUUCUUCCAAAGCUAUUGGAGGAAGGUUGGGAUGAUGUACGGAACUUGAAACUUAUGAAAUCAGAAGAUAUGGAUGCAAUCAAUAUGACUCAACAACAAAAGGAUGCAUUGGAAAUGAGGUCAUACCUCCAUGAUCGCGCUCUAAUGCAAUAUGGAGAUAAGCUUGAGGAUUCUGGGAAAUCUCUUGCAAAGCUUCUUGAGUUGAGCAACGAUGAUCUUUCUGCUCAAUUUGGUAUGAAGAGAGGCCAUACAGCCAGUUUCUUGGAAAAAAGUAUCACUUGUCAUUUGCAGGCACCGUAUUCUCUCCCUUCAACCAAAAAGACCAACACACCUCCCCGAUAUAAUUAUAUCAUUAACAGUGCCUCCGAAAUGGAUCCCAAUUUGUACAGAGAAGCCAUGGGAGACAAAGAGAAAAUGGAAGGUGAAAAGAAACCCGAAUUGGUGCCCCAUAUUAGUUGGUCUAGCCGAUUGUGUGCCUGGAUUAAUUGGUUCAGUGAGUCAGAUACCAAGUUAUCAGAAGAAAAAAUAGGAGGCAAAGAGAAUGAAGACAAUGAUGAAGAUGUCCACUACCUCAUGCAAUACAUUAAUGACCAACAACAACUUGAACUACAAUUCACUUCAAAUAAAAACACAGUCCUCCAUGUUGCAGCCCAAUUUGGUAACAAAAAAUAUGUGAAAAUAAUCUUAGAAAAGAGUCCGUUGUCAUCAUUGUUAUGCUGCUUGAACAUCGAUGGCGAGACUCCUCUUCAUAUUGCAGUGAGAGAAGGACACUUGGACAUAGUGAAAGCACUCGUAGGACAUGCAAAAAGACUAGACCAUGAAGAAGUUGAAAGCGGGGGUGGAGCAGCCAUGGAGAUGUUGAGGGCCACAAAUAAGGACAAUGACACUGUCUUGCACAUGGCAGUGCGAAAUCCUGAUAACGUAGAUGUGGUGGAAUGGUUAGCUAAAGAAGAUCCUGAGUUUACGCACCCACCUAAUAAUGCCAAGGAAACUCCACUAUACCUGGCAGCUGAGAGACAACACAAUGACAUGGUGUCUAUGAUUUUGAAAAAUUGCAGAUCGCCAACUUAUGGUGGCCCAAAGGGUCAAACGGCAUUGCACGCGGCAACAACAGACAGAUUGAAAAUAGAAAGUACAAAACUUUUAUUGGAAUGGAAGUCGGAUCUAAUCAAGGAAACAGAUGAGUACGGUUGGACACCACUUCACUAUGCUGCACGGUUUGGUAAUCAAUAUGGAGUUAAAUUAAUGCUAGAAAAAGACAAAUCAGUGGCGUACAUUACAACAGACAAGGAGGGUUAUGAAAAGACAGCUCUUCAUAUAGCUGCUGCGCAUGGACAUGUAAGUGUAAUAGAAGAGAUUUUAUCACAGUGUCCAAAUUGUUGGGAGAUGGUCAAUAGUAAAGGACAAAAUGUUCUUCACAUUGUUGUGGAUACGGAGCACAAAAAGGUGAUGGAAUAUAUUUUUAAAAAGUCAUGGAUUUUCCAUCUUAUAAAUCAGAAGGACAUUGAAGGAAACACAUCACUCCAUCUGCUUGCUACUUUUUUGGAGGUCGGCAAACGGGAUAUCUGGCGUGAGCUUUGGUUUAGUGGAGAUCGGUUAGCUACAAACAAUGAAAAUGUGACCCCAAUAAACACAUUGUUGUCUCGUACGAAGGAACACAAUCCAAUUGGUGGCGCGAGAAAUAUAGUCAGUCGGGAUCAAGAGUUGACAACAAAAAUAAGGAAAGAAGAAAGAAAGAAAAGGGAAGCACAAGUUAAAGAAGAAGGGAAAGCAUGGAAUAAAGAACUAAAGGAAAUGGCUGACACCCAUAUAAUAGUGGCAAUACUGAUAACAACCAUCACCUUUGCGGCCAGUUGCACAAUGCCUGGUGGUUUUAAUAGCAAUAAAGGUUCAAAUCAAGGAAUGCCACUUCUACUAGGAGAAGUAGCUUUUAAAGUAUUUGUUAUUACAAAUACUAUAGCCAUGAUAUGCUCCAUUUCCUCUGUCUUUCUAUAUGUCACUGCAUCAGUUUUUUAUUUCAAUGAAAAAGACAACGUGGAGACACUGGAAAAACGCUAUAUGGUGGCCUCAUCUCUUGUUGUAGUUGCCGUGGCAGCGUUGAUAGUGGCAUUCAUUACAGGCUCUUAUGCCGUGUUAGCACAUUCUUUAGCUCUCGCAAUUUUCGUGUGUGUUGUUGGUUGCAUCUCAUUUUUUAUUUAUUUUUUUGAGCUCAAAAAACUUCAAUGUGAGAAGCAUACAAUUUCAUUCAUUAAGGAAUGUUUGGAAGGAAUGGUUGAGAAUGUGAAGGGAUAUGGUGAAUGAUAAUUAGUAAAGGAGUAUGGACUUGUGAUACUUUGAGAAUAUCUAAUAAUUUUCUGUUUAUAAGUCUCUUAGACAUUUU